AAGGGUGCUUGUGAAUGUGGAGCACAAAAGCAAUAAAGACGGAGAAGCAAUUUAGCGAGUUACUGCAAGUUCAGAUUUCUAAAGUUUCUAAACAAUAUCACAUCAUUUUACCAUCUAGAUUCUAACUAAAUAUUUUCUUAAUAAUCCACCUUCUGACACUUUUUGAAUGUAUUUAGUUACAGUUUUUAAUAUCCACUUUUGACUUUUAUUUUUAUUCUUAUCUUAAAUUCAAAAAGAAAUUAAAGCUUUUUCAAUCUUUCUUCAACUUUUCUCAAUUUUUCUACGUAAAUAUUAAUGUUUGUAAAAUUUUAUCCUCUUUUUCACAGCCUUAAAACAAAAAAAAAGUUUCUUCGCGUGUUCUUUAUAAGACAAAGCCAAAAUCAAGAGCAAGAGCAAAAGCUUCUUGUGACUGCUUCUCGUGGUUUUCUUUCCACAAUAAAGAAAGUAAAACUGCGCAAAAAGAGGCUCAUGAUUGAAUUCAUUAGCGAAAAUGUUGAUUUUAAAACUUAA